AGCCCCACCUGCUCUUGGUGACGCUUGCUUCCCCACGCAUUUCCAUCUCGUCGUGUCCCAAGCUGAAGAUCACUCACCCGGACCUCAUUCGUAACUUGUAAUAUUUUCGUUGCGAGAAUCACCACUCUACCGAUAUCGCCCUUAACCUAGAUCAUUUCCGGAGAUUAGCAGUAACAGUGUUCAAUCGGUUUGGUGACAGUGUUGCUACAAUCAGACCUCCAAUAAUUUGAUUGGCGAGACAAGAGCUAUUCGGCGCAAUGGAAACGACCAAAAUGCAGCAGCCGUCGCAAGCGGCACAUCCGAUGCUGAUCAAUAUCCCACAAGCCCCGGCAUCCAACCCAGAUACGCCCUCCGAUAUGCCCGGCACGCCAACGAGUACCACAACCUCCCUCUCCGCCCUUUCCACAACGGCUAUCAAAGACGGCCACCGCGGCCACGCCCAGCACAACGGACCUCACCGCGGACACCAAUCGCAGGCUUCAACAAAUAGCCUCGAGGCUGAACGUGCCGACCGCAUCUCCCGCCUCGCCGGGCUCUCUAACCUCACAGCUCUGCGUGGCGGCACCCAGCCAAAUGCCCAAACAACACCCACAUCCGGCCAAUUUGGACAGAACGCGCCGGCUGCGCCUGCAUAUUUCGACGCCAAUGGCCAGCCUGUUGCGUCGACCAAGAUGAGCACCGUCGGCACGGCCUCAGCGACAUCGAGUGGAGAUGGACGUACACUUGACGGAGGCGACAGGGAAAUGAUGGACGACGUCGAAGACGAGGAUAUGCGUAGCAUGGAUACCAACUUCCGCACAAAUGAUUCGGUCAGCGUCGGAGGCGGCAUAAGCAGCAUUGGCGGAGGUGGACCUCGCAGCGCUAUUGGCGGCGGGGGAGCCAGAAGCGAGGCGCUUGACCCAAUGGAUGAAGACCUCGCGACUCGAUCCGUCGGUGGCUUCGACGACCGAAUGAGUGAUGACGGCAACGCGAGUUUGGUCGGCUUCGGCGAGGGCGCUGGCAGCACCGUCAGUGGACCCAUCUACCAGCGCAGGCCGGUGCCAGGCACCAGCUCGGCAGGCGCCAUGGCGUUUGCUCGAUGGCAGCUCGAGCGCAGCAGCUCGGGCAUCAGUGACACCAGCGUGGCUGGUGGCGUCGCCGGUUCGACCACAGCCACUGCAGGUUCUGGGUCAACGUCGACCGCACCUGCCGCCAGGAGAGAUACUGUUAGACAAGUCGUCCUACCGGAUACCGGCGGCAGUGACAUGCCAGGUGCUGCGUCGGCUGCUCAGGAGCGGCAAGAUGCGAGAAAUGUUGAUGGGGUUGCUAUCGACGGAGCUGCGAAAGUGGACCUUGCGCCUGGCGACGAUGAUGUUUUCGUUGACACUUCUACACGCAGUCCUUUGCCUGUCUCGCAGUCGCAGCAGCAUGGCGACCUAUCACAUCGCCAGCAGCAGCAGACACAUCAACCGACAUCACCCACGUCACGGGAAGCUGCCGAGCGCAUAUUCCAGCGGUUGGGCGAAGACGAGUCGCGAGUUGGCGACAGCGGACCAGUCUUGGGAUCCGCUGGAACCUCUGGCGAUCGUCUGGGCCAGUUCUACUUCGAGAAAUAAAUCCUGCUUUGUUCUUGUGUUUUCUAUUACCUUUUAUGUCUUUUGAUUCCCUUCCACUUAUGGACACUGCAGAAAUUCCGCCAGCUGGACACUCACUUUUCAAACUUCUAGUCAGUCUCCUAUCCUUGUCAUGGGGCGAUCUUGACGUUUACCUUAUUGUCUUCAAGUACCAAUGAUUACUUCACUCAGGAUGUGUAACUGCUGUGUGCAGACUUCUGGUUGACUUUUUUUUUACCUUCCUAGAAUGGACUGGCCGAUGGCCCCUUUCGCACUGCCUAGUCUUGCCGCAACUCGUUGAAAGAGUAUUUGUACUUUCCUAUAUAUAAAUCUGAAGGAAAAGGGACGUGCGAGGAGGAACUGAUUCAGAGCAGAGAUAAGUUCUCUUUAGAUUUUCUGCCUACCUUAGGUGCCCAGGUAUUCAUGGGGAUCGAUUCAGGGCAAUACAAGACUGUUUUGUAUUUAACAGACUGUCAGUUGAUGUCAAACGUAAAGUGUAACCAUUUUUUACGGUGGAGAAGAGGAUGAAUGACUUAGCAGUAUCCUGGGCUGUUGAAAAGUAUGCUCAUUGUAGAACCCCGGCUCCAGAAGGGGCACAUAAAAGACAAAAAAAAAAAAAAAAAAAAAGUAAAGAUCCCAUGACCGUGCUAAGAAG